CACUCACUCGCUUAUAACUAAACCUUAGUUCACUUGAGUCCAAUCCAAUUCAGCUCACCUAGGGUUAGGUUUUUUGAAUUGUAUAUUUUGUUUUUAAUGAAGCAGGUUGUGAUUAUGAAUAUAAGAGGAUUGAAUUGAUUGAAUUUUGAUGGUGUUUGAGAUUGGUUGGUGAAAUGAAGGCGGUGAAUCCAAGGCCUUUACAGACGCGUUUUCCGUACGAAAAUCACGGGGAAGUGCCACGUCUACGCAUCGAUGACGAAGAAUACGAGGACGAUGAUGAUGAUGAUGAUGAUACCAUGGAUGAGGCUGAGGAUGAUCACGUGACCUCGGUGAAUGCUUCCAACCACCACAGAGGUGGUGUUGUGGUGGCCUCGAGGACCAGUGAGCUCACUCUCGCUUUCGAAGGCGAGGUCUAUGUUUUCCCCGCUGUUAAACCCGAGAAGGUGCAAGCAGUGCUUUUGCUUCUGGGCGGGCCUGAAAUACCGACUGAUGUGCCCACUGUCAAUGUUCCUUAUGAACCAAAUAAAAAGGGUAUGGAAGACACACCACCAAGGUCAAAUCUUUCACGAAGAAUAGCCUCUCUUGUUAGAUUUCGUGAAAAAAGAAAAGAGAGAUGCUUUGACAAGAAAAUCAGAUAUAACGUCCGAAAGGAGGUUGCUCAGAGAAUGCACCGCAAGAAUGGUCAAUUUGCAUCGUUGAAACACAGUUCAGGGUCUUCUAGUUGGGAUCCUGGAAAGAGUUGGCCCCAGGGGGGUGGAACACCUCAUCCGGAAACCGUUCUUCGGAGAUGUCAACAUUGUGGUGUUAGUGAGAAUGCUACUCCUGCUAUGCGUCGUGGGCCAGCUGGACCAAGGACACUCUGCAACGCGUGUGGGCUUAUGUGGGCAAAUAAGGGAACAUUAAGAGAUCUCAGCAAGGGAGUGAGGAAUCUUCCUUUGAAACAAUUUCAACUGGAAACACCAAUUGAUAUUAAAGCUUCAAUCCCUAAGGGUGAAAAUUUUUCUGGCGACCAGGAUGGUCCUGUAUGAUUCGACUUCUGUUCUGUGAAAAGAACAAGUUUGGCUGAAAGUUCUUACCCACUUUGUGGCUUAUGCAGGGAACUCCUGAAGAUCCUUCUAGGACUGUAACUGAAGGAACUGAGAACGACUCUGGUAUUCCAGAUGAGGAACAUUUAUCUGAACCGACGGAGAGACUUACAAACAAUUUGCCUAUGGAUGCUGUGCAUUCCUCAGGCAACCUUGAUGAGCAGGAAGCAUUUGAUGAAUUUGCAGAUGCUUCGGAAACAGAGUUGGAUAUUCCUGCUAAUUUUGAUUAGUAGGUUCGGUUUCUUAGCCUAGCUACAUCGCACCAUCUCUAUUGACUUGUCUCAGCCUUUGAUGCUUUGAACAGGUCCCCACUAUCGACGACCUCGAAAAUAAGGGCAACCGGUGUGUUUGUGUCGUCGUUACUUUAGUUUAUAUGGCCUUUCAUUGUCUCUGGUUGCUGUGAUCACCUCACUUUUUCGAGAGGCACAAUGCAAAUUCAAUCAACACUACAAUGUGUGGGAUUGGUAAAUAUUAUCGAUAUGGCUGAGUGCUAGUGUCGUGUUUGUGUGUAGUUGAGAGAUUGUUCUAGUGUCUAAAGCAGUCAUAAUAUGUAACUAUUUGCUAUGGCUCAUUCUAAUUGGAUUUUAUUGAAAUCUUUCUAAAGUUUUAUUUUUGAUUGUGUAAAGUUGUGCAG